GCUCUUCCACAUCACUUCGCGAUCCGGACCAGGACGGCGAGCAGCUUCUCGUAGGAAGAGACCCUCCAGAAGAACAAAAUGGCGGACCUCAAGCCCAAUGAAGUUGAACAGGCUCGCGAGCACUUCGAGAUCUACGACAUGUGCGCCGAGGGCAAGGUGGACUGCGCCGACCUUGGAUCCCUGCUGAGGUCCCUCGACCUGCGCCCCACCAACGCCAUCAUCGAGAAGAACGGAGGCACCCAGAAGAGGGGUGAAAAGAAGAUGACGCUCGAGGAGUUCCUGCCCAUUUACAGCCAGAUCAAGAAGGACAAGGACAUGGGCACACACGCCGAUUUCCUCGAGGGUCUCAAGGUCUACGACAAGGCCGAGAACGGACAGAUGCUCGAGGCUGAGCUGGCACACGUCCUGCUGUCUCUGGGUGAGCGGUUGACUGACGCCGAAGUGGACGAGAUCAUGCAGUGCUGCGCAGGGACAGUAGACGAGGAUGGGUUCAUCAAGUACGAAAACUUCAUCAAGAACGUUCUGGCUGGACCAUUCCCCGAGGAGCAGAAGGACAAGUAAACAACAAAUACCAGGGGGGAGGGGCGAAGAAGUCACGCAAGGUCCUCUCAGUUUCCUUUCGCUCCACCCGUCUGUCUCCGUCCGCACUGGCGACAAGUUUCGCCACAUCCAUUGCCCGACGAACGAGGGAGCUAUCGUCACCCCGUCGAAACAAUGGCUGCAGUGGCAGCGGAAGAGAUGAUCGCCGGAAGUGCCACGGUCGUCCUGAUCUUUGCUCACCUCUCCUGUCCUCCGAUUGGCCGGGUUCGCGAACGUCACACCUCCCUUCGGCGCUCGGUCGGUGUGCUUUCUCACACCAGCGGGCGCCUCAGUCGUCGUGGUCGUCAGGAUUGCGAAGUGAUGACAAGGUCUACCCCGCCUUAUACGAAGGGAAAUGCUGAGAGAACCGCUGACGACAGAGAACGAAAGCCAUAAAUUGUAACUAUUGGAACCGACAUGAUGAAAGUAAUUGGGCGUGUACAAAUAAAGCUCCCUAGACAUAAGAAACGUGCCUUAGAAAAUUUACGCUGUUCGGACAAUAAUAAAAAAAAGACGUGGUGUGCGUUCUCUUGUAAUAAACCGUGCAGUUGUCA